CUAAAUUCUUGGUUCCUUACAUAGCACAAAAUAUAAAUAUUACAUAUGAAUGUAUAUUUUAAGUGCUCUCGUCUCAUAUCUAAAGGCUGAAAUAGUUCACUUGCUGUCCAAGAUUCUAAGCAAAAUCAUCCUUCCCAUGAAAGAAACCCUAAAAUAUUUGGCUGGAAUUGCAGGGCCAAGUGGUUAUGGCUCAAAUUCAAGUGCUGACCAAGUUUCUCAAGAUUUUGCAGCCUCUUCUCUUCAACCCCAUUUAACUGCUAUUCUCACUGGGGCAACUUCAGGAAUUGGAGUUGAAACAGCUAGAGUAUUGGCUAAAAGAGGGGUUAGAGUAGUAAUUCCUGCAAGGAAUUUGAAAAAGGCAGAUCAAGUUAAGGAAAUUAUACAAAAAGAGAGUCCAAAUUCAGAGAUUAUAAUCUUUGAGACUGAUUUAAGUUCUUUUGCUUCUGUCAAGAAAUUUGCUUCUGAUUUUCUUGCUUUAGGACUACCCCUUAACAUUCUAAUAAAUAAUGCUGGGAUAUACUCCAAGAAUUUGGAAUUUUCUGAAGAUAAAGUUGAGAUGACUUUUGCUACCAAUUACUUGGGACAUUUUUUGCUGACAGAGUUGGUAAUAGAGAAAAUGAUAGAAACAGCAGCAGAGACAGGUAUACAAGGCAGAAUAAUCAACCUUUCUUCUGUUAUUCACAACUGGGUCAACUCAGAUUCUUUUUCUUUCAACCAAAUGAUUUCCCCAAACAAUUACAAUGGAACACGUGCAUAUGCUCAAUCCAAGUUGGCUACGAUAUUACAUGCCAAGGAAAUGGCUAGACAGCUCAAGGCAAGAAAUGCAAGAGUAUCAAUCAAUGCAGUGCAUCCAGGCAUUGUAAAGACAGGAAUCAUCAGGGCUCAUAAGGGGUUUAUCACAGAUUCCCUGUACUUCAUUACGUCCAAGUUACUAAAAUCGACAUCUCAGGGUGCGUCAACCACAUGUUAUGUUGCAUUGAGUCCACAGACAGAAGAUGCAAGUGGAAAAUACUUUGCAGAUUGUAACGAAAGCAACUGCUCGGCUCUAGCCAACGAUGAAUCCGAAGCAUACAAACUCUGGAAGCAGAGCCGUGCAAUCGUCCAUAGACGACUCUAUCAACCACCAUAAGCUUUGGUGGCUGUUGACAUUACAGAGUUUAGGAGCCUAUUUAGCCAUUUGUAAAGUUAUAUACUGUGUAUUCAAUGUGCAUAAGGCGGUUUUAAGAGUAA